UGCUUGAUUGGGCAAUUGGAAAUAAGAUGUGCAAAGAUGCUCAGAAAAUGACAAGCUAUUUAUGCAACGCAACGUAUAGUAAUUGUUUCGACUCCGGCAACCGUCUUGGGUAUCUUUGCAGGUGCUCCCCAGGUUAUAAAGGGAACCCAUACCUUCCUGAUGGACAAGAUGAUAGUUGCCAAGAUAUUGAUGAGUGCAAAGAUCGUUCGAAUCAUUGCAGUGAUACUGCAAAAUGUACCAACACUAACGGGAGCUACACAUGUGCUUGUCCCAAGGGAUAUGAAGGCGAUGGGAGGAAGCCGCCUGGAAGAGGUUGUAGUCGAAAACCCGGUCAAUUCAAGAUCAUCAUUAUUGCCCUGGGUGUCUGCUUGAUAAGCCUCUUGAUCUUGGUUGUGGGAAGUUUACGGGUAUAUUCGGUAACGCAAAAAAGAAAGCUCAUAGAACUGAAACAGAAGUUCUUCCAACAAAAUGGUGGCCUAAUCUUACGACAACAACUCUUGAGUCACAAAGAAUCUGUUGAGCCAACCAAAAUCUUUAGUGCAGAAGAGCUUGAAAAGGCCACUAACAACUAUGAUAAAAGUAGAGUCCUUGGUCAUGGAGGCUUUGGAACUGUUUACAAAGGAGUUUUAUCAGAUGACAGAGUGGUUGCCAUUAAGAAGUCCAAUGUUGUUGAUGAGAGCCAGAUUGAGCAAUUUAUAAAUGAAGUGCUUGUGCUUACUAAAACUAACCAUGAGAAUGUGGUUAAGUUAAUAGGUUGUUGCCUUGAGACCGAAGUACCCUUACUAGUAUAUGAAUUCAUCACAAACGGGACACUUUUUGACCAUAUUCAUGAUAAAAACCUUUCAUCCUUGCUCUCAUGGGAAAAACGUUUGAGGAUAGCAUCAGAAAUUGCAGGAGCCCUAGCAUACAUACAUUUUGAGACUUCUAUGUCAAUUAUACAUAGAGAUGUGAAAACUACAAAUAUACUUCUGGAUGAUAAACACACAGCAAAAGUGGCUGACUUUGGAGCUUCAAGACUGGUUCCUCUUGACCACACACAAUUAUCAACCGUGGUGUUGGGAACAUUGGGAUACUUGGACCCAGAAUACUUUCAUACUAGCCAAUUAACUGAAAAAAGUGAUGUUUAUAGCUUUGGUGUUGUCAUUGCAGAGCUACUAACAGGUGAGAAGGCAGUUUCCAUGUUUAGGCCUGAAAGUGAAAGAAAUUUGGCAAUAUAUUUUGAAAUUGCAGUGAAAGAGGAUCGCCUACUUCAAAUUAUUGAUGAUCGCAUUCUCAAAGAAGGUAAUAUUGAGGAAAUAACGGAAGUUGCUAAUAUAGCAAAAAAUUGUUUAAAGGUAAGAGGGGAGGAUAGACCUAGUAUGAAGCAAAUAACAAAAGAGUUGGAGGGAUUGAGACUUUCAGAAAAACACUCGUUGAAAAGGGUUGAUUCCAACACACAACAGACUAAGCACUUGCCCAUUGCACCUACAGAGUCUUUGGGAAUUGAUUUUGACAUCGGCAGCUCUUCUAUGAGUACUAUUGUUGGGGAUGACAGCAUGAAAAAUCAAGUACUGAAACCAACAGAUAAUGAUGGUAGAUAAUUUGUUCAUUCUCAUCAAAGGUUAGCAUAGCCUAUCUCUCGUCGACAUUCAUCAUGGUCACUACUCAUCGCUAGCCAUACACACUCAUCACCUACUAGUGCGACCUUACAGCUUUUUGGCUCUAAACCCCCUUCUUUCCUCCAGUUGAUCUCUUCCCACGGCCCCCUAGGUCUCUCUCUCUCUAUAGAUUCUUCACAUGCUUUCUAGCUAGCUUCACCAUCUUUUCUUGUCUCUCUGACCUCCAAAUCUUGAACAAUAACUUUCCGGAAGUUCAUCUUUUGGGAUUUCUGCUCAAUGAAAGGAAAUUCGGUCUCCUUGUAUGCAUGUUUUAGGAUUGAAAGAAUGUGAUCACAUAGCAGCUUUAUCAUUUUCAUGUACGACGUGGUUGAGUGCUGUCAUGAUAUGUAUAUAUUUCAUAUUCUCUUUUGAGUGAUUUCAAUGUAACGUGAUCUAUCUAUCAUGUGAGAUAUUCAGUACUAUUGAUCAUUAAAGCUUUUGUGAGUAUUUAGUGAAAUGAACUAUUAGC